ACAAACGCAUUGCGUGUGUAAGGAUUCAUGAGGCCUGAAUUGUUGUGGAAUAAACAUUAUCCACAAUCAAUUGAUACAAUGGACGACUUAAAAGAAUUUGUUGAUCUGGACAAAAUAACGAACGCCGAAUUCAAGGAGCAGAUAAAAAUUUGGAUGGAAGAGCAAGGCAUCCACGCUAAUCUUCAGCUACAGAUGAAAAAGGAUUUGAUCGAGCAGAUCAGCCGGACUGCUUUGGGACGGAAAAUUUCACUGAAGCUUCAAACCCACCAGGGUAUAGUACUCUCCCCGAUGGUACUGGUCCUGAACACACUGGUGGCCGAGUUCCUCUACACCCAGAAUUGCCACUUUGCCCUGUCGGUGUUCAGCAAUGAGGUGCCCUUCAAGAACACGCUGCCCAAUUUCGCCAAAUCCAAACACUUCCGGUUGGAUCGAAACGAACUGAGAGAAAUCUUCCAAGCGCUCGGGAUCGACCAUCACACCGAGCUGAUCGAGAAGUAUGAAGCGAAGAGCAAGGAGGGUGCGAAAUCUCUGUUGUACAUAAUUUUCAAAUCGAUGCUAGCGUCGGUACGCAGGAACGAUGAAAAGUUGAAGCAAUGCCGGAAAGAGGAAACCGAUCGUGUGGCAACGAAAACACUGCUCGAAGAGAUGGAGGUGGGGAAAUUGCAUCGGAAUGUGGAAAAAUUGCUGCAGAGAGUCCGAUUUGUCGGCAAAAGCAUCGAGCGGAUUGAGGAGCUUCAACGGGACGAAAGCCACGAAGACAACCGCGAUGAGGAAAUCAGUUCACUUAAAAUUUGCACCGAGAACAUAUCGAAACUGCUGGGCAAGCUGGAAGCUUGUUCCAAAGCGUUUGAAGAGUUUAUGGCCAAACUGCAGUUGCAAACAGAGAGUCAACACGAGAUCGGGGAAGCGCCAAAACAGGAAGCCAAGUCACAAGAGCCAAAAACUUACGCAGAUUUUUUAAACGAACUGAAAACCACUGACUACGGGAAAAAAUAUGUUGCCAAGCUCCAGAAACAGAUAACCAAGUUGAUGGAUAAGGAAAAGGUGUUACUGGAAUCUAAAUUUGCAAAUAAAUUGCAUAAAGCAGAGCUGGAGCACCAAUCCAAGCUGGAGAGGCUACUAUCAGAGCGCAUCAAUGAAAUAUCGAGGGCAAAGGAGAGAGAGUUAAUCAAAUCACCGAAACUGACAAACAGAACUAGUGAAACAGAAGAAAGUGUUCAUUUCAUGAAGAAAAUUGACGAAAAAAUAGAUCAGCUGUAUCAGCAUGAGCGAAACGUCGAUCAAAAGCUGGUCACACUAAAAAGUGAUCUGCAGAAGCACGAAUUGCGACAGAGUAGAUUUUUCCAGUCACUUGAUGCAGCCAAAACCAAGGAGAAAAAGUUGCUGGUCCUACAUGAUGUGGAACGGAAGCUACUGGCAACCUAUGAAGAUGAGACGCAGAAUAUAAUCCAGAACGCAAAAGCUACGAUUGAGCAAUUGGAAAAUGAAAGCGAUAAAAUCAAUCGAUCAUUUCAGCAAUACCUGCACAAGCAGAAGGAAGAUAAACGAAGAUCGAACGACGAGAAAGUACAGAUUUGGCAAAAGUACAACGACCAAAAGCUGGAACUAAAUCAGCGAGAGCUGAUGAAUGUUAAUGGUCAUCAACAAACUGCGCCGAUAGCAAGGGAAAUCCUUCCACCGCUAAAAAACAACUUACCAGAGAUGAUGGAAUUCGAGAAUCCCUUCAAAAAUUUCGAUCCACACAAAUAUUUACGCAGACCAAAAAAUUGCAACGUGGAAUUUAGUGCGCAAAAAGAUCGUAACGUCGUUGACGUGGCUUUGAAUACUUCACCAGAGCCAAAAGAAGCUGAAGCAAAGCCACCCAAACCCUCAUCAGCGGAAUCAAAGAAAAAUGAAAACCCGAAAGAAAGCGAUAGCAUAAAUAUCGAGAUAACCAAAACCGAUGUGGUUCCUAGCAAACGAACAGAGCUCCCUAAUAAAUCCAUGAACACAAUAAAUAAAGUACAAUCAGACACCCGACUCAGUGAGCUAUUGGCAAAAGAUACGCUCAACUUGAAGCGGAGCAUCGAGGAGAACCUCCAAAAGCUGGAUGAAAUGAGCAAAACGUACACAAAGUCGUCCUCUUCGAGCGAGACCGGCAAACAACGGACCUACAAUGUGAAACCAACAAACGAGACAGUGGAGGAAAUCGUAGGAAGUGCGGACGAUUCGUCCAGCAGUGUGGAACUGCAACUAUCCGAUGGGGAGUUGAGCGAAGGAAGUAUGCGGAAACGUAUUGGCGACGCUGCGGCAAACAAGAAAAUAACAGAUCUUGACAGCACAAAAGAGCUAUUGGAAUUUGCGGCGAUUAAUUUUCCAAUCGAUGAGAGAGCUGAUAACCGGGGUCCAGAAGGAGAGAUGCCCAAAAAGGAUUCCUUGGAGCUGGGAUCUCUUGGCUCGUUGAGCGAUUUAGACGUAAGUGACGACAGUAGAUCAAACAAUGACGAUAAUAGGGAGGACAGCAUUAUUGAUAUUGUGGAACGAAUAUCUACCGGCAAAAGAUCGCUCUCCGAAAACAGUUGGAGCUAAACGAACAUUUUAAUCCCUAUUCAACAUUUACAAUUGAAAACAAUGAAAUUGUUUCCUAUCAUUAGUACAUACUAUAGUAAUCUUUUUACUUGAAGUGUAUACGUAAAAUCAAUGUUUGAAUACAAGAUGA